AACAAACGAUUUAUGACGUCACUAGUCCGUGAUCCCGAUUGUACGUGCGUACGGUUCGCAUGAAAAGUACGUAGGUGUGUGCAUUUUUAAUGUUAGAAACCAACAAAUAGUUGACAACGUAGUCACUUUUACCCACCAUUUCUUCCGUGUUGUAUCGGGUUAGUUUAUGUUAGUGUGGUUUCGAUGAAGGGCGUUCGUGCUUUCGAUGAUGAAGGAAUCGCUCUGUUGCAACAAGGAAAUGCCUGAUGCAUUGAACUGAAAUCCUCACACAAUCCUGUAUGAAACACGCAAGGCACAAGAACAUGUAAACCAGCAUGCAGCAUUCUAAACAGAAAUUGUGACGACUCGACCGAACUCCAAAGAAACCAUAGUACUGUACUUCCCUCAGUGGAUUUUUCGAUAGUUGACUGUUGAUUCAAUUUGUAGCUCACUUCCUCGAUUUUUUCUAUUUUCUUUCAAAAGUCAGACAUUCCUGUCAGCAGUUCUGUUGUUGGUGCUAGUGAUGACUUCAUUGCAUGGUUGAAUACUCGUCUGUUUUUACUAAAACUUUUGUCAACCUACAUGUCUGAACUGGAUUGUGUUUGCAAGUUGACGUCAGCCUUGACCAUGUAAAUUGAACACAGUGUCUUAUUGUAAGAAACCACCGUUUAAAAAAAAUGCACUGCCAAACAUGUAGACUUUUUUAGGAUUUGUUUUUGAGUCAAUUUUGGUCAAAAGUUGUUCCUUUUUGGCGUGUACUUUUGGGGAGUAGGAGUUGCGAGGCCAUCAUGAAAGGCCCCGAGAUCGACACCCGCUCCAUACAGUCUGGGACCUCCCAGGCCACCACGGACUCGGUGAAGCGUAAGAAGCAGAGCAGCUUCAUCCCGCGCUUCUUGCAGCGGCAAUCCAAGCCGCGACGGGGAAGCCUGGAUACCAUGUCGGGCCACAGUAGCAGCGGGAGUACGGGCACGCCCCCUGCCAAAUCCUACCGCCGCGCCGUGUCCACGCAGGGCGCCGGGCACCAGCGCGGCACGGCCGGUCGGUCGCUGUGCCCACUGUGCCUGAUGGACAGGCCCAAGGACCAGUUCCCGGAUAUCAUGACGUGCGAGCAUCGCUCGUGCCGGGAGUGCCUGCGACAGUACUUGAAGAUUGAGAUCACGGAGAGUCGCGUGAACAUUGCGUGCCCGGAGUGCGCGGAGCCGCUGCACCCCAACGACAUCAAGCUGGUCUUGCAGGACGAGAUGCUGAUGAAUAAAUACGAGGAGUUUACAUUACGUCGGUUGUUGAUGAUGGAUUCUGACUGCAGGUGGUGUCCGGCACCAGACUGUGGUUUUGCAGUGAUCGCGGCCGGGUGCGCCAACUGCCCCCAGCUGGCCUGCCUGAGACCAGGCUGCGGCACGUUCUUCUGCUACCACUGCAAACAAGUCUGGCACCCUGACCAGACGUGCGAUGCGGCAAGGCAACAGCGGCAGGGGCUCCUGAGGAAGACGUCGCGAUCCUAUAGCCAGGGCUCUGCAUCAUCGGAUCAGAUUAAACCCUGCCCACGAUGCACUGCUCUUAUCAUCAAGAUGGACGACGGUUCCUGCAACCACAUGUCCUGCGCCGUCUGCGGAGCCGAGUUCUGCUGGCUGUGCAUGAAGGAGAUAUCAGACCUGCAUUACCUCAGUCCCUCUGGCUGCACCUUCUGGGGCAAGAAGCCGUGGAGUCGCAAGAAGAAGAUCCUUUGGCAGCUGGGCACGCUGGUUGGGGCUCCAGUGGGAAUAGCGCUGAUUGCUGGAAUAGCCAUCCCCGCCAUUAUCAUCGGAAUUCCCGUCUACGUGGGCAGAAAGGUUCAUGGCAAGUACUCCAACACAUCACGUCAUCGACGUAACCUGGCCAUAGCUGGUAGCGUGACCAUGUCGGUGCUUGUGUCUCCAGUAAUAGCCGCACUUACAGUGGGUAUUGGCGUGCCUAUCCUUCUAGCCUACGUGUAUGGUGUGGUCCCCGUGUCCCUGUGUCGUAGCGGAGGCUGCGGGGUCACGACCAGCGACCGGGGAGGGGUGCGGAUUGACUUUGAGGACGACAAUGACGGGGGCGCUAUUACCCCCGGCAACGCAUCAGAUGCCAAUCCUGACGUCAACAGCGCAGUCGUCAAUGCCAGCAUCGGCGAAGCCUCCAUGAACCGGGAGAGCUACAGUCACCUUGAAGUGGCCGGCGUGAUCGGUGACGACACGGUCAGCGACAACGCCAGCACGCGGGCCAUCGCAGGGGCCAGUCUGACUGGUAGUCUGUCGGGCAGUGGUGGUGUCGGGCCGCUGGUACUCCACUCUCACCGGUUGGACGUCCAUGCUGAAGUCGUUAACAGCAACCAGACUCCCAGCCACAGCAGUGAAACUGCCUCCAUCAAUCUGUGUGAAACCUGCAUUGGACAGGCCACCACUGGUACCCUGCAGCUAGACAGAGAAAACAACAAUACUCCUUUGAGAAGGGACCCCCUGGAAUUCCAAGUGGACAUGGAGCGAAGGGCUUACAAAACCAGACUGAGCAGUGGGAGUUGCAGCAGUACAGAGAACAGCCACCUGGCCCACUCGGCCAGUGGCUGUCACAUCUUGGGGGCAGCGGGUUGCCAGAAGACGUCCACUGAAGAUGUCUGGGAGCUGAAGAGCAACGUUAGUGCCUCAAGUGGAGCUAACCCGACCAGUGCCAUGCGCAAGACCAAGAGCAGCAAGAGCCGUACUAGUCGCAGUGGCAGGAAGAAUAGCGUCAAGAUCAGUGACCGUAUCACAGAGGCGCCAUCCGCAUCCUCAUGUAACCAUGACAACGUCAGCAUCAACGACUCCAUCAACUCGGAGCUCAGUGCUGCACUUGCUGACAGCGAGUGCACAUCAGAGUGUAGCUCCUCAUCGAACAUUGAAGGGGCCAUCGCGGCAUCCGCAUCCCAGAGCUCUGACCUGAGAUGGAAGGGUCACAGUGGUGGCAGAAGUGGGAUCUCCGACGGUGGCAGGAGCGGGAUCGGGGAUGGUGUCCGUAGUGGGACCUCAGAUGUCUCUGAGUCUUUGACAUCAUCAACCUCUUCUCAGCGACUUCAGAUUGGGGAGGGGCAGCCACCAAUUUCUCUCACAGAGGUUGAGGUGGACCGGCCCCAGUUGCAUCUGGCAGCUGUGGACGGCGACAAGAGUCCACGCGUCAUUUCACUGGAGGCUCCUGCAAGCAUACCUUCUCUCACCAACAUGGGCGUCAGAUCAACUGAUCUAUGAGGUGGCUAGAGAGCUUCCAGUCCUAUUCUAUUGUUUCUUUCUCCCAAAACCUUGCACAAAGCUGUACAUUUUUCCCUGAAAAGUAGAAAGUAUAUUGUGUUUACCUCCUUGUUUUUGUUGCAGAGAUAAACGAUAAGUUGUUAAGCUAGCCCAGUCUCUGAGUUUUAGACUUGAAGAUUAGAUCUCAGCAAAAUUUUACUACAGACAGAGUUCCUUGCUACAAUUCCUGAUGUACGUGUAUAUCUGGAAUGAGCAUAAUCUCCAUUGUUUUUUUCUUUUCUAAAACUUUGAAAACCAAUUUUGUUCCAAGCCUUUCAGUUGUUUUCUCCGUUUUGACAUGUUGCCCAAAGCCUAUAUUUUAUUUGCAAAACAUUUUUUCCCCCAUGUUACUGAUGUUCACUGUUGUUAAUGUUUACCAAAAUAACGAAACCAAGGAUUGUUCCAAAGUGCCCAUGUAAGAGAAAUUUGUUAAAUGUACAUGGAUUAUUAUAUUAUAUUGGAACCUAACCCACGGUUCAGACUGGCGUUCAGACAAGCGAACUUGAUUCACUGGAGAAUUGUGUACAAACAAGCGAACACACGAUCCUAGCAACAAGCCGGCAUUGCGCAACACUUUUGUGGGUUGUUUAUGUUUAUGAACAGUGUCACCGUUCCUGACACUGUUUUUCCCGAGCAAUUAUUUCUGACCGCACUGAGAGUGGCAGAAACCAUGAAGGGCAACAGACAGAUCCUAAUCCGAAUUUUGGCCGAGAGGAAGAAAACAAGGACACUACAGAACAUUGUCAACUGUGUUGUUGCAAGGAUGAACUACUGAAAAAAAAAAGGAUACAAAUUGCUUUGUUUUUGAUGGAAUAUCUCGCAGGACAAUAUUUUUGAAGAGCAAGUAGGGGAGUGCAUCUGAAUUGGCUACCCAAGUUCCUGACCGUUGAUGUCAGAAACCGGUUCCAGAUUAGUGGAUCGGGAACCGGUAACCAACUUUACAAAUAACUCCUCAGACAAUGAAAAGGAUAUAAAGACCUUCAGAUAAAAUCCAGGAUUUGAAUUUGGGAAUGGGUUUCUUUUAAAGGUACCCGUAUUUUACUACAGGAACUAAAAGCCUUAUCCACUUGAAGGCUUUGGAACCUUCGUCGGAUCGGAUUAUUUUUACAAAAAAUUAAGUUGCGAUGUUUUGUGGCACUGCCUGUAAAUACUGAGGAAUGAUAGAUAUGAUUGCAGAAAAUCCACCGUAAAUUUUGAUGUAUAAACCUUACACAUUUAUCGUGAAUAUUCAUGUGUCCUCCUCAUUUGUUUAGUCUGACACAACUCUUAAGAAAAGUACUUUUUAAACUGUUGAACAGAUAUUUGUAUUAGCAUAGACUGCAUAAGAGAUAGCAUGUAUCCGACGUGAUUAGACUACCUGCUGUGUUAUAUACCUACAUCUAAUUUUUACGUUGUCUCUACUUUAUGUUGUCUCUAAUUUAUGUUGUCUCUACACAAAUUGUGACCUGUCAUUGCCAAAUGAGCAUAAAGUCGACAAUCGCUAUUUUGCAGUAGGGUGGGGCAAAGCUAAAAUUUGAAGAGGUGGUAGAUUUUUUGUUAUCUGUCAGUCCAGAUCUACCAGUACCUUUCUCAGUUGUAUUUGUUCUAUCAAAUGCAUUUAAAAUCUAUUUUCGUCCCAUUUUGUUAGUUUUUUGUUCAUUCUCUGUAAUUAUACAACAGCAGGAUUUUUUUAAAAUGCCAUUUUUUCAAACUUCAAGUUAUUAGUUGAUGGUCCAUAUUUCUGUUACUGAGCUCAGUUCCCCGUAGAUGUUACAUGCAUACAGGGGGACCCCAAAAAAGUUGUGCAAGCAGACAUCUUUAAAUUUCUCAAAAAGUAUCCAACAUCAGCAUUUCAUGUUGAUGGAGUAUAUUGUUUGUACUCUUGUGUGUAAUCACAGCGAAAAUUUGAUGAAAAUCCAUUCAUGCAAACCAGAGAUACAACAGAUUAUAAAUGGCAAUGUGUUUAUCAUUCGCUCCAAUGUGAUUUACACAUUUAACGAAAAGACCCAUGCAGAGUGCUGGUUGAGCGAUUUCAAAUGCAAUGUGUAAUUCCCAUUGGAAUGCUUGAAAACCACAUAUCCUUUUAUAAUCUGUUACAGCUCUGGUAUGCAUGAAUGGGUUUCCAUGACAUUUUCACUGAUUAUACACAAGAGUAUAAUUAAUAUGCUCCAUCAAAGUGAAAUACUCAUGUUAGGUACUUUUUGAGAAAUUUUAUAUCAGCCUGCACGACUUUUUUGGGGGUUAUCCUGUAUAACAUUACCAGGAGAAAGGCUCUUGUUCUGCAGAAUCCAGGACUUAAAAUGUCUGAAUUCUUACAAAAGUUUGACUUAAUGCUCAUGUUGUGGCAGCACUUAUUUUGAUGAGAAUUUAUACAAUGUAUAACCUUUACCCUUGUACUUUAUUUCCACGAACCUGCCUUACUCGUCAAUAUGUAUGUUGUUGAACCAUUUCAAUAUUAAUACACGCAGUGAAAGCUUUGUAAAUGCGAAACUAUAGCCAUGUACCUUAUGUACUACGUGUUUUGUUAGCGGUAGUCCCCCGUUGGAUAUACAUUUGAUUGAAGUAACUUCAUGAAAAAUCUUGCGGAUUUUAAACUGCAAUUAUAGUUUUGUGUUCAAACUGUCCUCAUUUAAAAAAGAAGUUUGUUUAUUUUGUUUAAACAAAAACUUUGUAUAUUAAAGUUCAAUUGCUUUGAAAUUUGUGUAUUCCUCAUAAUGCUUGAAGCAGAGCUUCAGAAAAUGACUAUUUCCUUGAAAAAGGGAAAUGGUUUAGUCUCAAUCUGUGGACUAUGAUGUAACGUGUUUGAUAAGUGGUGUACAGUUUUGAAUGUACAUGUGUAAUUACUAUAGUGGAGUUGACGAUACAGUACUGUGUAUGAUAGUGUAACGUGUUUGACAGUGUGAAAUGUUAGUAACCCUGCAUUUAUGUUGCAGCUUAGUGUCUUAAACCUUGAAAAUUUACUUUCCUACGGGACUAAAAUUGAAUCAGGGAGGGGAGGGGUGUCCCUAAGGAUAUAGACCAGUUGAGGAUCCAUUUAUUGCCUAGAAUGGGCAAAAUUGAUCAUUGUCUGGAUUUUGUAUUUUUGAUUGGAUAUGACGACAUUUUUUUUUCGUUACGAAUUACACUUGAAAGUUUGAAAAUGAGAUUGUCUGAUCCAGUCUGCCAAGAAAUAAUGUAAUCCCUUAUGAUACGCAAACAGAUUAUUUCCUUUGAGAUAGCCUUUAUUUUCUUAAGCAAAAAAAAAUAUUAUCUUGUUUACAUGCUUGCGUGUAUUUACGUGUGGUUUUAUUUAACCAUUUUGUGGAAUUUGAUGUGACAAUGUGUAAGAAAUGCUCGUAGUAAGAAAACUAUUUUAUGUUCUUGUUUUGACCGUUGCAGUCCUUUGGACAAUUUAUAUGUAAAUUUGGUUUGGCUUAAAACUUGAAUCACGUGUGACCGUGUAUUUUGUGGCCUUAUUAUUCCAUGUGCUUUGCUUUGUACUGUUAUUUACAUGUUUAAAUAAAAGUGAAAACAUCUUGUUUAUAUGCAUAUUUCUUUGCGGUAUCGUUAGCAACAAUAAAACUCAACAUGCGCAGUGUUAGUG